UCAUAUGUCGAUCGUCUUCGAAGAGUGUAAAUAGUUUCAGAGAGAGUCAUCGAGAUUCUCAUCUGCUAUUAGUUUCGAAACGGCGAGUUUAAAGGGGCUUGGACGGAAUUUCAAUGCCAUCAGAUCAGACUGAUCAGCCACGUGCAGUUUUGAUAACCGUGCAGGAAAAUUUAUGAUGUUUCAGCAGCUAAAAUUUAGUGCUGCUCUCGAUUGAUUACAUACUUAUCCUUAAAACGAAAUUUUAGAAGUACCGUUUGUUGUACCGCAUAAAACAGAAACAAAGUUUUUAAACAAAUAAAACUGUUAUUGAGUCAGUUUCAAAGAUAUUUUAUUUCAAUCGAAACUUUAUUGUGUUCCUUUACGUGAGUUUGAUUUGUGUUUCCUCUAAAAUUUUUAUUUCAAAUCGAUGGCAAAACUGAGAAAACGAAUUAUGAUACACGUGUCGUCCGAAAGCGUGCACAGAUAUGAUCGGGUGAAACGCAAAGGGGCGGCUUUCCUAACAAAUCUGUUUAAAUUAAGAAAACUAGCGGUAGGGAUGAAGAUCAACGAAGACGAAGAGAUGGAACGCGCGCCCAGGGUGGAGACUCCCGCAAUUAUUACCAAUACGUGUCGCCGGACCGGCUCGGAAAGUGAUAGCACGAUGUCGCGAAUUCCGUCGACCUUGAGUGUGACAGCGGUGGACGUCGUUGUCUCCUGUCAGCCGUCACCCUCGCACUCAAUUUUGACCCUGACACCCGGUAGAACGCGUAACAUCGAUCAGGACAUGGAGGCACUCAGGCUGAGUCGUCAGGACAAUCCUUUCCUACAGGUAUUAGCCAGCCGAGAGAGCCUAGUGGAAUCGAUCGAAGAGUCCGAGUCCGACGAUGCGAUUCUAAUGUCGCAGGAAUACGGUGACGCGGAUCCGCUCACACUCGCGCAAGUACACGAGCACCUGGUACGCAGUCCACCCCCGGCUUCGUGGCCCAAUUCCACGGCCUUCCAGUUUCCCAAUCAGGAUGAAAGUAUCACUCCAGGCAAGAACGACACGGCACUCCUAGUCAAGAGCCCGUCGAAGACGCCCUCGCAUCGCGGUAACGACCACGAGCUCUCCAGGAGCGAGACGUCGACCGAUAUUAGAGAUCGGCAUUCUCAUCCCUUCUCGCUAUUACAUCCGACGCCGAUUCGCUCCUUGUCGGAAGUUCGACGACUUCAUCGAUCGGCUGACGACAGUGUGCAGCUCAUGUCGAACGAAUAAGCUCAGGAUGUUGAAUCCUGAUCGGAAUUCUCGCGACUGAAGGAUGUUCUCGGUUCAGUUCUGCCGAAUAUCCGUCGAGAACAGCGAUUGCUGACGAGUCGAAAGAAAAAUUUCGUUCGUGCAAACGAAAUUUAUGAUCGAUUCCAAGACAGGGUUUGUCUUAAUUAAGAAGGUUGAUGCACAAGAAAUAAGCACUGAAGGAUCGGAUCCAAUACUUCAUCAUAUUGAAGCUACGAUGUGCUUGAGGUCGGUGGGUGUGACAGGAGAUUACGGAGCGAUUAAUGACGAUUAAUGACAUAGUGCUUAACAGAGAUGGUAACCAAUUCAUGCAACAAGCAUGAAUUUCAAGCACGAUUAACAUUUUCUCCAUUGGGAAGGUGAAGCAAUGCGCAUGUUGAAAAAGGAAAUAACGAUUCCAUCGUUUUGAAUUUUGAUAGUUUAUCAAAUGAAAUACUUU